AUGCCGUACGAAAGCUUCACGCCGCAGCAGCAGGUCGAGAUCACCGAGGUCGUGCAGGACCCGGCCACGGGCGCGUGGAUGUACGUGCUGCACGUGCAGCGCGGCAACACGAGCACGUACUCAUCGCCGCGCGGGCCCGUGGAGGAGGGCUUCAGCCACGAGUACGUCAUCAGCCGGCGCUUCAGCGAGUUCAAGCAGCUCCACACGGCGCUGGUGUCCGUCAUGGGCGACGAGCUCACGCCGCUGCCGGCCGACGGUCUCAUCACGCUGCUGAUGGCCGACAACCAGGCGCUGCUGGACGAGCGGCGCCAGGUGCUGGCGCAGAUCGUCAUGGACAUCCUGAACCACCCCGUGGCGCGCGACCUGCCGGACGUGCUCGAGUUCCUGGGCCACGAGUCCAUCAGCGCCAAGGUCAUGGCGCCGCUCUCGGGCCAGUGCACGGGCUCGAUCCGCAAGACGUCGAGCCCCGCGUGGACGGCGCUCAACUGCGCGUCCGUCAUGUCGUCGUAG